AAAUUGGUCUGUGUGACAGGUCAUAGUCCAACUUUUACCAAAGUUCCGCUAGUUUUUAACAAAUUAAUUGGCUAUUAUUUUAAAAUAAGUCAAUUAAAAAGGAAAAUUCUUUCUUUUCCAAAAAUAAACAUUGAAAAACACAAUGGCAUCUCAAAUAGCAAAAACGUUGUUAAAAUCACGCCCUACUUCAACUGUAAAGUUUGAUAUUGCCCGUCGAGCGCUCAGUGUGAGUGCGGCUCUCCAACAAAAGAAAACUCUAAAAGACAAGACUGGCAAGAAUGUGGUCCUUGUGGACGGCGUCCGCACCCCCUUCCUCCUCUCCUUCACGGAUUAUUCCAAGAUGAUGCCACACGAACUGGCCAGACAUUCACUUCUUGGUCUCCUCCAAAAGACAGGCAUAUCGAAAGACAUAGUGGACUAUAUAGUAUACGGCACAGUGAUCCAAGAGGUGAAGACGUCGAACAUAGCUCGUGAAGCGGCGCUCACUGCUGGGUUCAGCGACCGCACGCCCGCGCAUACUGUCACCAUGGCGUGUAUAUCUUCUAACCAGGCGAUUACAACUGGUGUCGGCAUGAUAGCGGCCGGUGCGUAUGACGUCAUCGUAUGCGGCGGUGUGGAAUUCAUGUCCGAUGUUCCGAUUCGACACUCGCGGAAAAUGAGGGCUUUUCUCUUAAAGCUGAAUAGAGCGAAGACCCCCGCCCAGAGACUAUCCUUGUUGUCUACUAUACGACCGGACUUUUUUGCUCCUGAGCUUCCCGCCGUAGCGGAGUUCUCAUCGGGCGAGACGAUGGGCCACAGCGCGGACCGGCUCGCGGCCGCGUUUGGGGCGACGCGCGCGGAACAAGAUGAAUAUGCGCUGCGAUCGCAUACAUUGGCUAAAGAGGCGCAGGAUAAGGGAUAUUUCACUGAUUUGAUACCUGUUAAAGUGGAAAGCAAGGACGGUGCGGUGGAGAAAGACAAUGGUAUCCGUGUGUCCACACCGGAACAACUGGCUAAGCUCAAGCCCGCGUUCGUUAAACCCCAUGGUACUGUCACUGCUGCUAAUUCAUCUUUCUUGACUGACGGUGCGUCAGCUUGUCUGAUAAUGUCGGAGGCCAAAGCCAAGGAACUGGGACUUAAACCGAAGGCCUACGUCAGGGACUUCACUUAUGUAGCUCAGGACCCCGUGGACCAACUUUUGCUAGGACCUGCAUACGGAAUUCCUAAGAUCUUGGAGAAAGCCGGUCUGCAGCUUAGCGAUAUUGACACAUGGGAGAUUCAUGAAGCUUUCGCUGGUCAAAUCUUGGCCAACCUGAAGGCGAUGGACUCGGACUGGUUCGCACAAAACUAUCUCGGCAGGAACACUAAAGUUGGAGUGCCGGACCUGAACAAAUGGAACAAGUGGGGCGGCUCCCUCUCUAUUGGACAUCCCUUCGCAGCUACCGGAGUAAGGCUAGCAAUGCACACAGCACACAGAUUGGUCAAGGAAGACGGUCAAAUUGGUUUGAUCUCAGCAUGUGCUGCUGGUGGGCAAGGAGUCGCCAUGUUGUUGGAGAGACACCCUGAUGCUCAUACUAACUAAAUGUGAAGGAAAACGCGGCGUGUAAACGCGGCGGGUGAACGCUGUGUGUUGACGUGGAUAAACGCUGUGUGAUGAAGUCAUUGAACGCGGUGUGAAAGCGUGGUGUGUGGUCAAAUGUGGCUAAUAAACGCGCUGUUUGAAUACGACAUGUACUCGCUAUAAUCACACACAACCAGGGUUUAAAUGCUACAAUCACACGCGGCGGUUAAACGCGACGUUUCCUCGUGGUGAGUUAAACGCGGCGUUUAUAUGGAGCGUUUUCUCGCGGUGUUUGAACGCUGCGUUUUUGUGUCGUGUUUACACGUGGCGCAUAAUCGUAGCGUUGUCACGCAGCGGUUAAACGCGGCGUUUUUACGGAAUAGAAUUAGUACAUACCUUUAAGCAAAUAAAAGUUAUGAUUGAUUGUCAGGAAAGUAAAUAACACUUACUCUGUUUUUUUAAGAAUAUCGAAAUAUUGUAUAAUUUAUUUUCUGUCAAUAAAUAUAAUUAUUUAUUUUUUUAUUUGGAUAUAAUUAUAUGUUCAAAACAAAACCUAAUUGGAAUUUUAAAUAGAUUUAAGUUUAAAAUUUGUAAAUUGUCAAAACAGCAACGAGUUUUGUAAAAUUUGUCACAACUUGCUCCAAAUUUGUUUUGAUGAUUCAGUCACAACAUUCAUAAUUUUUGGGUUUUGUAAUUAUUGUAACGUCUCAAAAUUUUUAUUAUGUAUUUAUUAUUUCGAUCAUUAAAGUACAUAAUUCCAACAUUAUAGUACAUAAAUUAGGCGUUUACAUACCAUUGUCUUAUAUCUCCAUGUACCUAUUACUAUGUACUACAUAAAUGUGGCUUAUAAAAAAAGCACUUCUGUGACAAUAAAAAAAAAAUUGUAGUAUCGUAAUAGUGAAUACUUAUGUU